AUGGCACUUAUCUUCUCCAAGAUAGGCAUCAUCGGAGGUGGCAUAAGCGGCUUAGCUGCAGCCAAACAGCUCUCCGAACACAAUCCGAUUGUGUUUGAGGCCACAGACUCCAUUGGAGGUGUUUGGAAGCACUGCUCCUUUAGAACCACCAAGCUUCAGACCCCUCGUUGCGACUAUGAGUUUUCUGAUUACCCAUGGCCACUUAGGGAUAACACCAGCUUCCCGACUCAUAGCGAGAUACUGGAUUAUCUCAAUUCUUAUGCCAAACACUUUGACUUGUUCAAAUUCAUCAACUUCAACUCAAAGGUGGUCGAAAUCAGGUUAGCCAAGCCCAAGGACCCGAUGUCAGAUUCCCUGACCAACCCCUCAACUUUGCUGUCGUCUGGAAAACCCAUUUGGGAGGUUGCUGUCCAGACAAGUGGCUCCACUGCUAUUCAGUGGUAUGGUUUUGAGUUUAUCGUGAUGUGUAUGGGGAAAUAUGGAGAUGUACCGAUAAUACCAAAGUAUGGGAUGAACAAAGGCCCAGAAGUGUUUAAAGGGAAGGUGAUGCAUUCUCAAGAAUACAGCAAACUCAACCCAGAGGAGUCUUCCCAGCUUCUCAAAGGAAAGAAGGUGGUGGUCGUCGGCUACAAGAAAUCAGGCAUUGAUCUUGCUAUGGAAUGUGCCGAAGCUAACCAAGGGGAAGAAGGGAAAGCUUGCACCAUGGUGGUUAGGACUUCUCAUUGGAUAGUUCCACACUACUCCAUCUGGGGUUUGCCAUUUUACUUGUUCUAUUCAACCAGAUUUUCUCAGUUCCUCCAUGCAAGACCAAAUCAAGGCACUCUCAAGACACUGCUCUGCAUGCUUUUAUCCCCUGCGAGAAAAGCAGCAUCCAAGAUCAUCGAAUCUUAUCUGCUGUGGAAGCUUCCACUUGUCAAGUAUGGACUGAAACCAGAUCACCCUUUUGAGGAAGAUUAUGCAUCAUGUCAGAUGGCCAUCUUGCCUGAGAGCUUCUUUCAUGAGGCUGAUAAGGGUAAAAUAAAUUUCAAAAGAGCAUCAAACUGGUGGUUUUGGGAAGGUGGUAUUGAGUUUGAGGACAACACCAAGCUAGAGGCGGAUGUUGUGCUUCUUGCCACCGGUUAUGAUGGCAAAAAGAAGCUUAGAGAUGUAUUGCCUGAACCCUUCCGUAGUUUCUUGGAAUUUCCUUCUGGCAUGAUGCCCUUAUACAGGCAAGCUUGA